AUUGAAAUUCAGGCAUUUUUUCAUCAGUAAUGAACGUAUACGAUUUGCAAACAUAAGCCCGUUGGAACGAUGCCACGCCGGUGCCGUCUAUGUUUGCGAAAUGCUACAGAACCGUGUCCACUGUUCAAAUCACGCAUUGGCGAUAAAUUGGUGACUGAAAUCAUCUGGGUUACGUUUAAACUGGAGCUCGACAAAAGUGUGGAUUUUCCCAAGUAUGUUUGUAAAAAUUGUCUCAGAAAAGUGGAUUACUUGUACCAUUUCCAUCAAGAGAUCGAAGGGAGCCAAUUAUUGUUACACCAGUUGAGAGAGGAAGGUAAAUUGGAAGGUAUUGUCGCUGAGCAAACCUUUGAAGAAGAAAAAGUAGAGUAUCACAGUGAUGGAAUAUUGGAGGAAGUCGAAGAACUGGAGGAAUCUAUAAUUCUCUCGGGAAAGAAUGAUCCGGUCCAAGAUGAUGUUACAGAGCAGGAGAAUGAUGAACUUGAAUCCAUCGGCUGUGAGGCUAAAGAAAUAGUUGCAGAGCAGCUAAUCGACAUAAAAAUUGAAACCCUCGAAUCUGACAAUGAAUUUAUUGUCGAGCAUUUAUCAGAGGAAUUAAACGAAGAGCCGAAAAGUGAGAGUGACAAUGAUUUCAGAGGAUUUGAGGAACUAGUUCCAAUGAAACUCGAAGCUGCCAAAGGCUUGCGACAAAAACAAACGAAAAGGAAAUCGAAACAAACGGUGCCCAAACUUGAUAUUGUCGAGACUAUACCGAACAAGUGUUAUAUUUGUGAUAAUGUUAGCGAAACAAGGGAUCUUUUCGACAUGCAUCUUAUUGUCCACAAAAAUAUGCUACCCUACCAAUGCGAAGAAUGUAGCACGGAACAAUAUCCGAUAGAGAUCAAGACUUUGGUUUUGCUCAAUAAACAUUUUGAGUCUCACGAUUUCAAUUAUGUUUGCGACCAUUGUCCGCUACGAUUCCGAUCGUAUCCACCCCUCUAUGAUCACACACGUAACGCACAUUCGGAGACUCGCGAUGGUUUUCAUUGCGAGAUGUGUGGCCAAAUGUUUCACGAAAUUCGCAAAUUUCAGAAACAUGUUCGAGCCCACAGGAAUAGAGAAACGCAGCGAUAUAAAUGCGAAACUUGUCAAAAGUCCUUCCAAACAGGAACAAUCUUACGUCGUCAUGAACGUAUUCACAGGAAAGAUUCCAUAUUCAGAUGUCCUUUCUGCGACCGCGGUUUCAAUCACGAGUCGAAUUUCCAGCUGCACAAAAUGCGUCACAUCCAGCAGCAAAGCAAUACUCACAAUGGCCAUCCUUGUUCCGUGUGCGAAACACAUUUCACCAACGCUAUCGAUUGGCGGAAUCAUAUGCAGCAGCACUUUCCGGAUGAUCCCAUGUAUACCACAAAGACGGAUAUUCUUCCGGCGUCAUUAAAGGAUAUCAACAGUUAUCCUCGUGCCUGUGAGGAGCCUGACUGUAAAUAUAUGGCCCCUUCGUACCAGCUCAUGUGGUCCCACUACCGGAAGCAUUACAAAAUGUUUCAGUGUCAGGAAUGUGGUCGGAAGUUUGCAACAGCAACCAUUCUCAGAACCCACAUUCAGGUGAUCCACAAAAAGAUACGCAAGUUCCAGUGUGAAUUCUGUCCUAAGACAUUUGCCUACCAACAUAAGUACAAGGAGCACACGGAUGUGCACAAGGGCAUUAAAGCUCGCAAGUGUCGCUAUUGUGAUAAAACCUUCACCCAUUCGUCGAAUCUGAUUGUACACGAGCGUAUCCAUACGAGGUCAAGGCCAUAUACUUGUAAGACGUGCGGAUCAACCCAUGUAACCACCUCGGCUCUGAAGAAGCACGCAAAAACGCAUGAGAAGAACAAGACGGGGGAAAUGUUGGAACUUUACGUGAUGGACGCGCAUGACGGAGUGACGGAGAAUGUGAUAGCCGAAGAGGAGGAAGUGAUACAAGAGGACUAUGGCCCGGCUGAGAUGACGUAGAAAGUGUUGCAUUCAAAUUGCAAAAAGGUGUUUGGGUUUCGACUUGAAAUAGAAUUGUUCGAUGAUUGGAUUCUUCGU